GAUGAAUUGGAAAUUGAGAGCAAAAGUGACCACGAUAAAAUCCCCAGGGAGGAGAAGCCACGUAAAAAUUUGGAGUGUGGAGAAAGCUGCAGUCAGAGCUCCCAUUCCACUUCCCAUCAACAAAAUCUCAUUGGAAAAAAACUCUAUCAGUGCAUGGAAUGUGGAAAAAGCUUCAGGAAGAGCUCCGAUCUCACUUCCCAUCAAAGAAUUCAUACAGGGGAGAAACCCUAUCAGUGUGUGGAAUGUGGAAAGAGCUUCAGGAAUAGCUCCCAUCUCACUUCCCAUCAAAGAAUUCAUACAGGGGGAAAACCCUAUCAGUGUGUGGAAUGUGGAAAGAGCUUCACAGAUAGUUCCUCUCUCAUUUCCCAUAAAAGAAUUCAUACAGGGGAGAAACCCUAUCAGUGUGUGGAAUGUGGAAAGAACUUCAGGAAGAGUUCCAAUCUCACUAAGCAUCAGAGAAUUCAUACAGGGGAGAAACCCUAUCAGUGCGUCAAAUGUGGAAAGAGCUUCACUGAAAGCUCCUCUCUCACUUCCCAUCAAAGAAUUCAUACAGGGGAGAAACCCUAUCAGUGUGUGGAAUGUGGAAAGAGCUUCAGUCAGAGCUCCUCUCUCACUUUCCAUCAAAGAAUUCAUACAGGGGAGAAACCCUAUCAGUGUGUGGAAUGUGGAAAGAACUUCAGGAAGAGUUCCAAUCUCACUAAGCAUCAGAGAAUUCAUACAGGGGAGAAACCCUAUCAGUGCGUCAAAUGUGGAAAGAGCUUCACUGAAAGCUCCUCUCUCACUUCCCAUCAAAGAAUUCAUACAGGGGAGAAACCCUAUCAGUGUGUGGAAUGUGGAAAGAGCUUCACUCACAACCACAGUCUCACUUCCCAUCAAAGAAUUCAUACAGGGGAGAAACCCUAUCAGUGCAUGGAAUGUGGAAAGAGCUUCAGGAAGAGGUCCUCUCUUACUUCCCAUCAAAGAAUUCAUACAGGGGAGAAACCCUAUCAGUGUGUGGUAUGUGGAAAGAGCUUCACUCACAACCACAGUCUCACUUUCCAUCAAACAAUUCAUACAGGAGAGAAACCCUAUCAGUGCAUGGAAUGUGGAAAGAACUUCAGGAAGAGCUCCUCCCUUACUUCCCAUCAAAGAAUUCAUACAGGGGAAAAACCCUAUCAGUGUGCGGAAUGUGGAAAGAGCUUCACAUGUAGCUCCUCUCUCACUUCCCAUCACAGAAUUCAUACAGGGAAGAAACCCUAUCAGUGCGUGGAAUGUGGAAAGAGCUUCAGUCAGAACCAAAAUCUCACUUCCCAUCAAAGAAUUCAUACAGGGGAGAGACCCUAUCAGUGUGUGGAAUGUGGAAAGAGCUUCACAUGUAGCUCCUCUCUCACUUCCCAUCACAGAAUUCAUACAGGGAAGAAACCCUAUCAGUGCGUGGAAUGUGGAAAGAGCUUCAGUCAGAACCAAAAUCUCACUUCCCAUCAAAGAAUUCAUACAGGGGAGAGACCCUAUCAGUGUGUGGAAUGUGGAAAGAGCUUCAGUCAGAGUGCCAAUCUUACUUCCCAUCAAAGAAUUCAUACAAUGGUCAGAAAAACCAUUAUACAGCUUUAGGAGCCAGGCAA